CCUCCGUACUCUGGCGAGUAAGCUCAGCAUGAACCAAGAAAUCCUAACUGACACACAGAGUGAGGAACAGGGACAACAUCCACAGCCGCAUGGGGCCUUCACGCAAGAGCACGCACCACAUGGCCAACAGCUGCAGCUGCAGCAAGGCGGUGGCCGGACCCCGACGUCGUCCGGCCACCUGCAGCCCAAGAUCACCCUGAUUCCGCUCGUCUUCCUCAUCUACUUCGAGGUGGCAGGCGGUCCGUACGGCUCCGAGAAGGCGGUCCGCGCGGCGGGGCCGCUGUUCACGCUGCUCGGCUUCCUCAUCUUCCCCUUCGCGUGGGGCGUCCCGGAGUCGCUCGUCACCGCCGAGCUCGCCGCCGCGUUCCCGGGAAACGGCGGCUUCGUCCGGUGGGCCGACCAUGCCUUCGGCCCGCUCGCGGGCUCCCUCCUCGGCACGUGGAAGUACCUCAGCAUCGUCAUCAACAUCGCCGCCUACCCGGCCCUCGUCGCCGACUACCUCGGCGGCGUGGCCCCCGCGGUCGCGGAGCCCGGCAGGACGCGCACGGGCACGGUGAUCGGUAUGACGCUGUUCCUCUCCGUCGUGAACUACGCUGGCCUGAGCAUUGUCGGCUGGGGCGCGGUGGCGCUGGGCGUAGUGUCGCUGGCCCCGUUCGUGCUGAUGACGGCGAUGGCGGUGCCCAAGGUGCGGCCGCGUCGGUGGGCGUCGCAGGUGGAGGGGAGGAAGGACUGGAGGCUCUUCUUCAACACGCUGUUCUGGAACCUCAACUACUGGGACAGCGCGAGCACCAUGGCCGGUGAGGUGGAGCGGCCGGAGCGGACGUUCCCCCGGGCGCUGGCGGUGGCGGUUGUUCUGAUUGCUGUCAGUUACCUGCUGCCGCUUAUGGCCGCCACCGGCGCCACAGACGCACCGCCGGAAACCUGGGUGAAUGGCUACUUGGCCGAUGCUGCAGGAAUCAUCGGGGGCCCAUGGCUCAAGUAUUGGACGGGGGCCGGUGCGGUGAUCUCCUCCAUCGGCAUGUUCGAGGCCCAGAUGAGCAGUGGCUCGUUCCAGCUCCUCGGGAUGGCGGAACUCGGCCUGCUCCCGGCCGUCUUUGCCCGCCGCGCCGCCUACACGGGGACCCCAUGGGUCGCCAUCGCCGCGUCGACCGCCGUCACCAUCGCCGUCUCCUUCCUCGGCUUCGACGACGUCGUCGCCACCGCCAACUUCUUAUACAGCCUGGGCACGCUGCUCGAGUUCGCCUCCUUCGUCUGGCUCCGUGCCAAGCACCCGGCGCUGAAGCGCCCCUACCGCGUGCCGCUACCGCUGCCGGCGCUCGUGGCCAUGUGCGCCGUGCCGUCGGCUUUCCUGGCCUAUGUGUGUGCGGUGGCUGGGUGGAGGGUGUUCGCCGUCGCGGCGGGGCUGACGGCGCUCGGUGUCGGCUGGCAUGGCAUCAUGAGGGUGUGCAGGGCUAGGAAGUUGCUCAGGUUCAACAACGUAGUUGCUGCUGUCCAUCAAGAGGAUGCCGAAGACGACACGGUCUGAACUUCGGAGUUGGCUAGAGUCGUAGUGAGAGACUAUCAAUUAGUAGUUCAGACUUCAGAAGUGGCAUGUCUCUCUCAUGUGAUUGCGUGACCUGGAUUUGGAGCUAACGCCACAAUUCCAAGUGUCGAAGAACCUAAGCAGCGAUGCAUGGUGGUGCGUUUGCCUGUAUGUUUGGCCGUGUAACACAUAUGAUUUGCUAGUCCAACAAAAUCACAACCGUCAGACACCAAUAAACCUACCUUCAGUUCAACUAUUACUCAUACUAGUUGAAUGCACGUACGUUGUUACGGGAUUGUAUAACAAUAUCGUUCUAGUUCUAUUACUGUGUUUCA